CAGUCAUGUGAUCAGCUAUGUCCAAUCACAGCUGAUCUCAACUGUCACGCAUCCCUCAGAGCGGACAUGUACACUGAUCAUCAGGGCACUGAUGAUCAGUGUGCCCUGAUGAUCUGUGUAGCCCCAGGAGUGCCACCUGUCAGUGUCCAUCAGUGCCAGCUGUCAGUGCUCAUCCAUGCCACCCAUCAGUGCCACAUCAAUGCCACAUUUCAGUGCCUACCAGUGCACAUCAAUGCCACAUAUCAGUGCCCACCAGUGCACAUCAAUGCCCAUCUGAGCUGCCUUUCAGUGUCACCCAUCAGUGCCAGUCAGUGCCACCUAUCAGUGUGCAUCAGUGCCCGUCAGUGCUGCCAGUCAGUGCCACCUAACAGUGCCAGUCUGUGCCGCCUAUCAGUGCCAUAUAUGAGUUCUGCCUUUCAGUGCCCAUCAGUGAUGCCUGUCAAUGAACAUCAGUGCCACCUACCAGUGCCUCCUCAUCAG